AUGAGACAGUCGCUCUUCAAGAAGCUUGGACAACCGCUACAGCGUGACAUGGUCAUGCUCAAGGGCAUUGGCAAUGUCUCCGCAGGAAGCUCACUAGGUGUGAGCACAAUUGAGCUUCGUUCGCUGUGUACGACCGCAUCAAUGCAUGUCACCAUGCAUAUUCUACCGACACUGACGGUAGAUCUUCCAUCGUUCGUGAUCGCUGAUCCGAAAUGGCCGCAUCUUGAGAAUCUCAAGCUCGCUGACCCGCAAUAUCUACAGCCACGCCCUGUAGAUAUUAUUCUAGCUGUCACCGCUAAACACGCUUCAACAUCACACGCAGCAUUACAUGAGUCAGUAGAUACAGAAUUACAAGACGCUAUCGCUAAGUUUUGGGAACAGGAAGAGGUUCCAUCAGGUAAUUCACCGCUCAACACCGCUGAAGAAGACGAAUGUGAAAUUCACUUUCGUCAAACGCAUUAUCGACAGCCUGAUGGACGCUACGUAGUGAGAUUACCGCUUAAGGCCCUUGAGAGUCAACUUGGCGACUCUAUCAACGCAGCUAUGGGGUCACUCCGCAGAUUAAUAACUCGCUUGUCGCGAGAAAGAGAAUAUUCUGACAUGUAUCGUGCAUUCAUGGCAGAAUACAUUCAACUAGGACACAUAAUACGAAUACCAGUCAACGAAUUGCCCGCAAACGCUUACUUCUUGCCUCACCAUGGGGUAUUGAAGCUUGAUAGUGCCACUACGAAGCUCCGGACAGUGUUCAAUGGUUCCUGUGCAACAUCUACAGGAAUUUCAUUGAACGACAUUCUCCACGCAGGACCCAAAACGCAAAUUGACAUUUUUGAUGUGAUGUUGAGAAUCAGCUGCAGCAGGAUUCUAUUCGCUACUGACAUCACCAAGAUGUUCAGACUGAUUGAGGUCGACUCGCUUGAUUGGCCGCUUCAGUGCAUUCUCUGGAUAGAUGAGAAUGACUUAAUAAACGCUUACUGUCUCAAGACAGUCACAUACGGAACCGCUAGUGCACCUUUUGACGCAGUACGUGUGCUUAUCUAUGACAUCUACGGUGGAGCAGACAACGAAGAAGACGCUAUCAAGGCUGCAGUACAAACAAAAGCUCUGUGUGCAGCAGGCUGCUUCCCACUUGCCAACUGGGCUAGCAAUAGCCCACGGUUACUCGCUGAAGUCGCUCCAGAAAAGCAGCUGGAUACACCGCUUAAAGAAAUCAGUGAUGCACCAGUAAAAGUCCUGGGCAUGUACUGGAAUUCACGCACUGACGCUCUCCAGUUCAAGUACACGCUACCGCCAGAGACGCCCAAGACAAAAAGAGCUAUUUUGUCUGAAAUCGCUAAGCUGUAUGAUCCGCUAGGACUUUUCACACCAAUAGUCGUCAAAGCCAAGAUCUUUAUGCAAGAUCUGUGGCUAGAUAGAGUGUCAUGGGAUGAACAAUUGUCACCAUCACUCAUUCACAAAUGGACUGGAUACCGCGAGGAUCUUCGAAACAUCGAAUCCAUCCGCAUUCCACGCUGGAAUAAUAUAGCACCUGGAGCAACUAUGGAAUUGCACGGGUUCUCAGACGCUUCGCAAAACGCUAUGGCUGCCGCUGUUUAUUUGAGAGUCACUGACGCUGAUGGGAACACAAAGGUCUAA